GGGCGGGGCUCGCUCCGACCUGGACCUGGAGCUGUUCUCCCCUUAUCGGACCGCCGCCUCUUCCAGGUGCUGCGCAGGACUUCGGUGGACGCUGCGGGUCCUGAGCGUCGGCUUCCAGGCACAGGUUUCCCAAAGGACCAGGAACAUGGAAGAGUCUGUAAGCCAGUUACAGCCACUGAGUGAGAAUCAGGUAGCCAACUCUGCGGGUGGACAUGUGUGGCAGGUCACCGACAUGAAUCGGCUACACCGCUUCCUGUGUUUCGGCUCGGAAGGUGGCACCUACUAUAUUAAAGAACAGAAGCUGGGCCUUGAAAAUGCUGAAGCCCUGAUUAGAUUGGUUGAGGACGGCAGAGGAUGUGAAGUGAUACAGGAAAUCAAGUCAUUUAGUCAGGAGGGCAGGACUGCAAAACAAGAGCCCUUGCUGUUUGCACUCGCCAUUUGUUCCCAGUGUUCGGACAAGAAAACAAAACAAGCCGCAUUUAAAGCUGUCCCUGAAGUUUGUCGCAUCCCGACGCAUCUUUUCACGUUCAUCCAGUUUAAGAAAGAUCUGAAGGAAAGCAUGAAAUGUGGUAUGUGGGGUCGUGCCCUCCGGAAGGCCGUUGCAGACUGGUAUAAUGAAAAAGGUGGCAUGGCUGUAGCUCUGGCAGUUACAAAGUACAAACAAAGAAAUGGCUGGUCUCACAAAGAUCUCUUAAGACUGUCACAUCUUAAGCCUUCCAGUGAAGGGCUUGCUAUCGUGACCAAAUACAUUACAAAGGGCUGGAAAGAAGUUCGUGAACAGUAUAAAGAAAAAGCGCUUUCUGUGGAGACUGAAAAACUAUUAAAGUAUCUGGAGGCUGUGGAGAAAGUGAAGCGUACAAAAGAUGAGCUGGAAGUCAUUCAUCUGAUUGAAGAAUAUCAUUUAGUUAGGGAACAUCUGCUGACAAAUCACUUAAAAUCUAAAGAGGUAUGGAAGGCUUUGUUACAAGAAAUGCCCCUCACUGCACUACUGAGGAAUCUGGGAAAGAUGACUGCUAACUCAGUGCUUGAACCAGGAAAUUCCGAAGUAUCUUUAGUAUGUGAAAAACUGUGCAAUGAAAAACUGCUCAAAAAGGCUCGUAUACACCCAUUUCAUGUUCUAAUUGCAUUAGAAACCUACCGAAUAGGCCAUGGGCUCAGAGGAAAACUGAAAUGGACUCCUGAUAAAGAAAUUUUGCAAGCAUUGGAUGCUGCUUUUUAUAAAACAUUUAAGACAGUUGAGCCAACUGGGAAGCGGUUCUUGCUCGCUGUUGACGUCAGCGCCUCUAUGAACCAGAAAGUUUUGGGUAGUGUGCUCAACGCUAGUACUGUUGCUGCUGCAAUGUGUAUGGUGGUCACACGAACAGAAAAAGAGUCUUCAGUGGUUGCAUUUGCAUGUGAUAUGGUUCCAUUUCCUGUGACUACAGACAUGACCUUAGAGCAGGUUUUAACAGCUAUGAAUAAAGUCCCAGCAGGCAGCACCGAUUGCUCUCUUCCAAUGAUCUGGGCCCAGAAAACAGGUACAGCUGCUGAUGUAUUCAUCGUAUUCACUGAUAAUGAGACCUUUGCUGGACAAGUGCAUCCUGCUGUUGCCCUGAGGGAGUACCGAAAGAAAAUGGAAAUUCCUGCUAAAUUGAUUGUUUGUGGGAUGACAUCAAAUGGCUUUACCAUUGCAGAUCCAGACGAUAGAGGCAUGUUGGAUAUGUGCGGCUUUGAUACUGCAGCUCUGGAUGUGAUUCGAAAUUUCACACUGGAUGUCAUUUAGCAUAAGUACCGGAAAGAUCUGAGAGGUUCACUACUGUUGUGGAUUUCAUUGAAAGACACAGCUACUUCACAGCUAAAAGCAGUAGUGAGAAAUGUCAUCAGUGUCUGCAUAUUGGAAAUGUACUUUGCCAAGAACAGAAAAGAGGGAAGGAAGGAAGGACAAACAUGUUGAGCCCAAAGUGCAUGUACUCAGCUAGCUCUUGAGACGUCUUCAGGAUACUGUAGCAGCUUUCUCUGUAGAUAACUUUUUAAUAGACACUGUAAAAUAGUCGUGUUCCGCUCCACUGAAUCACACAUUUGUACUUAGGUGAGAUUUUUAAAAAGUGUAAGUACUCUCACAUGUCAUAUGUUUGAGAAGUGCUUGGUUUCUUCAAUGUUUUCAUUGGAAAAAGACAGUUUUGAUAAUCUCCACAUACUCUGAAGUGCACUAGACCAUGUGACUGUGAUGGAAAUAAACCUCAUGACGUAAAUUUUUAUACCAAGGAGUUUAGAAAAAAGACAUUUGGUAAAACUAAAUUAUGAAUGACUUUUACAAAUUCAGAAUUUUCUAAGGUCAUAUGAACAACAGCUCUCUUAUUCAAUGAAAAAGUUGUUUCAUUUUAGGUGUUUUAUUUGUACUUGUUAGAAUUUGUUACUGUUUGGCCGGAACAUGGUGGAAAUCGCUAAGGGACUUGUUGAGUUUGUGUAGGCUGAAGAAUUUGCUUUGUAGCCUAACAUUUACUGCCCUA